GUCAUACUAUUAACUCCGGGUUUUCCUAAGAACCUUUGGUCAUAAGGCCUACAUAACACUGGCACAGACUGUCACAAUAGUUCAUCUCAGCUUAUAACACUCCCUCCUGGCUGUUCAUGAAGUGUUAUGUCAUUGAUAUGUUGUGUGGCGCUUAUGAUGAAUAGUGCAAGCAAAGUGUAUGGAGUAAGUUGACAAUGCAAUCUGACUUACUGCCUUGGGGGGCAUUGGUCAUCAGCAAACGUCUGAGAUCAGGUUUGGUGUUGAGCGGUUUUCUCCACUUCAAGGAUGUUCUUGCUUCUUUUAGUUCUGACAAUGCAAUCAAUACUAUACAAUGGACUGUAUAUCUGUUUCUAUUCUAUCCAACUGGUUGUUGUCUUGCACUGCAGAAAUCCUCUAGCAGCCUAGCUACUCCUAUGAAAUGACAAGUCAGGGGAGUUUGUAAAAGCACAUAUAGGUCUGUAACCAGGCCAGACUACUCCAUGGCAAGACUUCACUCUACUAGAACUGUUCCAGGACCAGUCCUGAGGGUCUGUCUGAUGAAGGUCUCUGACCGAUACGUCAGGCUAUGUUUUUAACUUUGGAUUUACAAUAAAUAGUGGAGAGAGUGUUGUGACUUGUGCCCUCAACUUCUGAUGCCACAGUCCUGAGGAUCACCAGCUGAAGCUGAGGAGCAAAACUGGCCCUGGAUCAGUGGAGUUGAAAUGUACUGCUGCACUUUGUCCACAUCCUGGGAACAACUACAGAUGGAGAAACUGGCCCUGGAUCAGUGGAGGUGAAAUGUAGUGCUGCACUUUGUCCUCAUUCUGGGAACUACUACUGAUGGAGAAACUGCCUUUUUGUACACUUGUUGUACUAGGCCUUCUGUACAGGCUACAUCAAUGCAAAGCAGCAUCUAUUCAACUUGAUAAUCAGAAUAGAUAAGUGAAAAAUUGGUUAUGGUAACAAAAUAAAAAAUUAUGUAAGCAUAGGUCUUAUUUGUAAAGGAGGUUUGGAACAAAAGAAAAUGGUUGAUGGUUUAAACUUUAUUUUUAUAUGAUUUUUCUAUUCAUAGCAAGACAGCAAUCUGUAUGAAUAUUGUUGUGGAUGCAGUCUUCUCAUGGAUGUAGCCUAUAAGGAGGAUGGAUGUCACUGAGGCACACCACUUGAUUGAUGGUGUUUUGGGUCUGAGGCGCCUUUGUACCACGGCUCGCUCUUGCUCUGGUGGGAGCAGGGUGGAGGAAGGUGCUAUUUCAACAUGACGCUCUCUACUGGGGCUGAUACUUUAAUUGACAUCGCUGUGUGUUUGUUUGCUGAACUGAGAAAUGUAUUGCUUUGCUAAUGUAUUCCUUUUUGCGAGUUGACGCGUACAAGGAUGUGACGCGCCUAGACUAGAGAGAGAGAGAGAGACACAGCCCCGCCCUUCUCCUGGUGUGGAACGAAAAUGCCCCGUCUCUCCUCCCUCGGCUCCAGGGAUAGAUAGGCUUUCUCCCCGCAACUGCGAGCUGUGUAGUAGCUUACUGUCCACAUACAGCGGAUGUCUGACAUGAUAUCCAUGGUAUGCACUGAACGUUAUAUCAACUAGAAACUAGUUUAAGGACUUUCGUAGACUUAGUUUAUAUCUAGAUAGAUAUUGGUUUAAUUAUUUAUUGACAAUGGAAGGAAACAGUAAAUUCACCAGCCUCUUUCACAGACCCAGGUGUCUGGCGGCGGCGGCACCUGGAGGAAAAGCGAAAUUAACUCACCCAGGGAAGGCAAUUCUAGCAGGUGGUAUAGCAGGGGGUAUAGAGAUCUGUAUCACCUUCCCUACAGAGUAUGUGAAGACUCAGCUACAACUGGACGAGAAGGCCAACCCUCCCAAAUACAGGGGCAUCGGUGAUUGUGUGAAGCAGACAGUACAUGGUCAUGGGGUGAGGGGACUGUAUAGAGGACUCAGCUCACUCCUCUACGGAUCCAUACCCAAAUCAGCUGUCAGGUUUGGUGUGUUUGAGUAUCUCAGUAACCAUGCCCGUGACGAGGCAGGGAAGUUGAACAGCACCAGGGGUCUGCUAUGUGGGCUGGGGGCUGGAGUCAUGGAGGCUGUAGUCAUAGUCUGCCCCAUGGAGACUGUCAAGGUUAAGUUCAUCCACGACCAGUCUUCAGUCAAGCCCAAAUACAGAGGCUUCUACCAUGGAGUCAGGGAGAUCAUCAGAACCCAAGGUAUUAGGGGGACCUACCAGGGCCUGACAGCCACCGUUCUGAAGCAGGGCUCCAACCAAGCCAUCCGAUUCUACGUCAUGACCUCCCUCAGGAACUGGUACAAAGGGGAUAACCCCAAUAAGGCUAUUAACCCCGUGGUGACGGGAACGUUUGGAGCCAUUGCAGGAGCAGCCAGUGUGUUCGGGAACACCCCACUGGAUGUCAUCAAGACCAGGAUGCAGGGUCUGGAGGCUCAUAAGUAUAAGAGUACACUGGACUGUGCCGUCAAGAUCAUGAGACACGAGGGUGUACGAGCGUUUUAUAAGGGGACGGUUCCUCGGCUGGGCCGUGUGUGUCUGGAUGUGGCCAUCGUCUUCAUCAUCUAUGAGGAGGUGGUCAAGGUUCUCAACACGGUCUGGAAGACGGAGUGAGGGGGUGCAGCUGGAGCCUCUGACCUCUCUGGGCCAAACAGGAUGUGACCGGACAAAUGAGCCUACUACCACUCUGUAGUGGGUUCCUUAUCAUUCUGAGUUAAAGCAUAGUGGUUCUGCCUUGGCCUGACGGUCUAGCUACAGUAACAGUUACAGUAACAGCUACAUGUAACAGCUAACCCAAUGAAAAGGGUUUUCUUUUUGAUCAUUUAUGAUCAAGCCUUUAAUGCAAUAAUUUUAAGUGUGAUAUGACAUUUAUUUUUUAUAAUACUUAUGAUUAUAAUAAUAAAUGUUUAAUUGCAGAAUUUGUUUUACUCUGUUCCAGAUGCCAAGCCCUCCAGUAGCAAGCUGCCAAAUUGUGACAAACCUAAUUAUUGUUACAGUUCUACUGUAAUACAACUCACCCUUUUGGGCUGGCUAACAGCGUUUUCCUCAAGUGAGAAGUAUGCAUAGAGCAAUAUAUUCUGACCAAGAGAAGAGAAAAAAUGUAAAUAAUAUACUGAAUCAUAAUAUAUUGAUCAGAGUCUUUAUCAAUGUAUUUAUUGAACGUUGAAUGUUGACUAAUGCGUCUUUGUGUUUGAGACCGUUGCUGUUAUACUGUGCAGUGUUAUGUACUAAAUAGUAAGCCAAUGCGCUACAGUGUUAACAUUAAAGUACUGUAGGGAUUGGGUGGGUGCAAGAGGUCGCAUUGGGUUCAUUACAGCUCAUUCCGACUCAACCAUAACUCAGUUUCCUAGCUCAGAUGGCAUCCUACCACAGAUGUUUGUGUUCCAGAUAGAUCAGCCAUAUUCUGAGAUGGAACCCUGGGGGAACAUUCCCAUUCCAUCCACACAUGUUCCAAUCAUUUCAGAGGCCUUUGUUGUCAACGUUUUAAAAUUCUAAAUCAUUGACAUUCUGUUAUUUGGUGCCAUUUUGGGGGUUGUUUUAGUGUUUUAAAUUCUUUCGUUAUUGUUGCCUUGCAGAUGUGCCUAUUCAUUUACGAAAACAACCAUUUUGAAACCAUUACAAUGUAUUAUAUAUUUUUGAAUCCAUCUCAUCUAGGUUUUCAGGGUCUUGAUUGUAGUGUAAUAAUGUGAGAACAGUCUGAGUCUGCACAAAUGUCUGCCCUAACAACAAGAUAACAAGGCUUUAUUUUGCAUCAGUGGAAUAGUAAAUGAAAUGCAUUGUUAUUUAGCUUUUAGCGCCCAAUGCCUUUGACUCUGCGUUGUCAGUAACGGUAGAUUGACUGUUUUGACUCUGCGUUGUCAGUAACGGUAGAUUGAUUGUUUUGACUCUGCGUUGUCAGUAACGGUAGAUUGACUGUUUUGACUCUGCGUUGUCAGUAACGGUAGAUUGACUGUUUUGACUCUGCGUUGUCAGUAACGGUAGAUUGACUGUUUUGACUCUGCGUUGUCAGUAACGGUAGAUUGACUGUUUUGACUCUGCGUUGUCAGUAACGGUAGAUUGACUGUUUUGACUCUGCGUUGUCAGUAACGGUAGAUUGACUGUUUUGACUCUGCGAUGUCAGUAACGGUAGAUUGACUGUUUUGACUCUGCGUUGUCAGUAACGGUAGAUUGACUGUUUUGACUCUGCGAUGUCAGUAACGGUAGAUUGACUGUUUUGACUCUGCGUUGUCAGUAACGGUAGAUUGAUUGUUUUGACUCUGCGUUGUCAGUAACGGUAGAUUGACUGUUUUGACUCUGCGUUGUCAGUAACGGUAGAUUGACUGUUUUGACUCUGCGUUGUCAGUAACGGUAGAUUGACUGUUUUGACUCUGCGUUGUCAGUAACGGUAGAUUGACUGUUUUGACUCUGCGAUGUCAGUAACGGUAGAUUGACUGUUUUGACUCUGCGCUGUCAGUAACGGUAGAUUGACUGUUUUGACUCUGCGUUGUCAGUAAGGGUAGAUUGACUGUUUUGACUCUGCGAUGUCAGUAACGGUAGAUUGACUGUUUUGACUCUGCGUUGUCAGUAACGGUAGAUUGACUGUUUUGACUCUGCGUUGUCAGUAACGGUAGAUUGACUGUUUUGACUCUGCGAUGUCAGUAACGGUAGAUUGACUGUUUUGACUGCGUUGUCAGUAACGGAAGAUUGACUGUUUUGACUCUUGCUUUUACCUACAUACAGUAAGUGCUGCAUAAAAUAUGUACUGUAAGGUGCAGAAGGCCUCAGUCCUCUCCUCAGCAUAUGCUGUUUUAGGACUGGAUUCAAUCCGUAUCGCAGAAGAUUCGUGUUAAAAUGUAAAGGUAAUUUCCGAUUGAGCCGACAUAUGCAGAGUUUACCAUGACAAUUGCCUUUACAUUUCAAUCAAGCUAUAACGCAGAUCUUCUGUGAUACUUCUGCGAUAUGGAUUGAAACCAACCAGAUUCCAUAAUAUCAAAAUUAAAUGGAUAUAAUUUCAAAUACCUAGAGGAAUUUGCUGUGUUUCUUACCUUAUUAUAACCUCUAAAGCUAAGGUGGUACACUAAGGACCAAAACAUGACCGCUUUGCCUUUGCAUGCCUUUAUUUGAAUUUGAGUUUUUCACUAAGACAUUUUUGAAAAGUACUAUCUUGUGUGUGUGUGCGUGCAUGCACUCCUCCAUCCUACUCCCCUUUGAUGAGGUCAGGGAUGUAGCUGUCCUAUCUGGAAAUCUGAAAGUGAAAGAAACAGUUUUAUAGUUACAGCAUCAUGAUGUGGUUUCUGCAUUCAAACAAGACCAUGCUACCAUUCAUUUGCAACUGAAUAGUGGCUCUGGCUAUGUAUACAAGCUAAUGUUAGUUAGUGAAUGACAUCUGCGGUGGCCAUAUACAGUUGAAGUAAGAAGUUUACGUACACCUUAGCCAAAUACGUUUAAUCCUAGUAAAUAUUCCCUGUCUUAGGUCAGUUAGGAUCACCACUUUAUUUUAAAAAUGUGAAAUGUCAGAAUAAUAGUAGAGAAUUAUUUAUUUAAGCUUUUAUUUCUUUCAUCACAUUCCCAGUGGAUCAGAAGUUUACAUGCACUCAAUUAGUAUUUGGUAUUAUUGCCUUUAAAUUGUUUAACUUGGGUCAAAUGUUUCGGGUAGCCUCCCACAAGCUUCCCACAACAAGUUGGGUGAAUUUUAGCCCAUUCCUCCUGACAGAGCUGGUGUAACUGAGUCAGGUUUGUAGGCCUCCUUGCUCGCACACACUUUUUCAAUUCUGCCCUCAAAUUUUCUAUAGGAUUGAGGUCAGGGCUUUGUGAUGGCCACUCCAAUACCUUGACUUUGUUGUCCUUAAGCCAUUUUUCCACAACUUUGGAAGUAUGCUUGGAGUUAUUGUCCAUUUGGAAGAACCAUUUGCGACCAAGCUUUAACUUUCUGACUGAUGUCUUGAGAUGCUGCUUCAAUAUAUCCACAUAAUUUUCCUGCCUCAAUGCCAUCAAUUUUGUGAAGUGCACCAGUCCCUCCUGCAGCAAAGCACCCCCUCAACAUGAUGCUGCCACCCACGUGCUUCAGGGUUGGGAUGGUGUUCUUCGGCUUGCAAGCCUCCCCCUUUUUCUUCCAGACAUGACGAUGGUCAUUUUGGCCAAACAGUUCUAUUUUUGGUUCAUCGGACCAGAGGACAUUUCUCCAAAAAGUACGAUCUUUGUCCCCAUGUGCAGUUGCAACACCAUAGUCUGGCUUUUUUAUGCUGGUUUUGGAGCAGUGGCUUCUUCCUUGCUGAGCGGCCUUUCAGAUUAUGUCGAUAUAGCUUUCUUUUUACUGUGGAUAUAGAUACUUUUGUACCUGUUUCCUCCAGCAUGUUCACAAGGUCCUUUGCUGUUGUUCUGGGAUUGAUUUGCACUUUUCGCACCAAAGCAGGUUCAUCUCUAGGAGACAGAACGCGUCUCCUUCCUGAGUGGUAUGACGGCUGCAUGGUCCCAUGGUGUUUAUACUUGCGCACUAUUGUUUGUACAGAUGAACGUGGUACGUUCAAGCAUUUGGAAAUUGCUCCCAAGGAUGAACCAGACUCGUGGAGGUCUACAAUUUGUCUGAUUUCUUUUGAUUUUCCCAUGAUGUCAAGCAAAGAGGCACUGAGUUUGAAGGUAGGCCUUGAAAUACAUCCACAGGUACAUCUCCAAUUGACUCAAAUGAUGUCAAUUAGCCUAUCAGAAGCUUCUAAAGCCAUGACGUAGUUUUCUGGAAUUUUCAAAGCUGUUUAAAGGCACAGUCAACUUAGUGUAUGUAAACUUCUGACCCACUGGAAUUGUGAUAGUGAAUUAUAAGUGAAAUAAUCUGUAAACAAUUGUUGGAAAAAUUACUUGUGUCAUGCAGAAAGUAGAUGUCCUAACCGAUUUACCAAAACUAUAGUUUGUCAACAAGAAAUUUGGGGGAGUGGUUGAAAAACGAGUCCUAACUGCCUUACCAAAUCUAUAGUUUGUUAACAAGAAAAUGGUGGUGGUUGAAAAACGAGUUUUAAUGACUCUAACCUAAGUGUAUGUAAACCUUUGAUUUCAACUGUAGGUACUUGUAUAGUAUUCUUCUAUUCAUAUGGCUCUGGUGUUGUGCAGUACACAAACAAGGGUGUCAAUAUCAUUCUCUUAUAGACUACAGUUGAGGUAAUUACAGAAGUUAGUACACUCAAAUUAUCUUGUUAUGUGAAGUGUCUGUACCUGUAUUUUCCAUUCUGUUUUCUUGCACUUUUUCUUGAAAAGUCUUCAACUCCCUCCUCUCAUCCUGCAUUUCUUUUAUCGUCCUCUCAUAGUCCUCCUGCUCUCUCUCUUUGCUCUUUCUGAGGGAAUCCCUUGCCAUCACUACGCUGUCCAUCACGUCCCCCAGAUUCUGUAUUACACUUUCCAGUCGUUUUUGGUCUUUCUCCAGCUCCAUUAACGACUCCUCAUAUACUUCCUUCUCUUCCUUUUUUUCUUCUUUUGUUCUCUCCUCCCCACCUUCCAUUAUCCUUCUCACUCUCUCAUCUGCUCCAUUCCCUUCUUCACCCUCUUCUCCAUGUACUUCCUCUCUCUCCCUCUCAUUCUUUUUCAUUUCCAUUUCCUCCUUCCCUUUUCCACCUCUUUUUCACUCUCCGGAAUCUUCUCCUUCAAUCCAAAACUCAGUUUCUUCUCUAUGGUGGCAUCCUAAGGCGACAACAGGUGUGGAGUGGGUGCAGCCCAUUUUGAGACAAUGUUGAAAGAAGAUUGGGCUUUCAAUGCAUAGAUCUGCUGAUGACGGCAUGUCUCUGAUGACAGAGGUGAAAAGUGCAUUUCAGGAUAUUUUGUAGGCUACAUAGAGAAAAAAGUUUACUUUUUUCAAUAGAAGGGAUAUUAUAAUAUAAUUUAACUGUUAUCCAAAGUGUAUUACAGUGAGUGAAUAGAACUUACUUUUUAGAAAUCUGAAAAGGAAAGGGGUGAGAUACUCAUGCCGUCCAGGUUCAGUAAUAUUCACACACACACGCUUUACCCUCGGCUUGUAACAAUAAAGACUGUAUUUCCCGAUA